AUGCGCGACCUUCCGCCCCCAGAAGGCAUGGGGGUGGCUUCGGUUGAUGGUGGAUCGCUUUUUGACUGCCGCGUUCCUGGGCCCUCCUUGCGCUUCGGUCCCUUCGCUACGACCCAGGAUUUCCAUCGGCAUUUACGCAGGGGCAUGGAAUUUGAUCCGAGACUUGACCCUGAAAUUCAGGAACUUAUCAAACAACAAAGCAAAACUUGGCCUCUGGUAUUUACGCAUGGUGACCUUAGCAGUCUCAACAUUCUUGUUCGCGAAGAUGAGAUUGUUGGCAUUAUUGACUGGGAAACCGCUGGUUGGUAUCCAUCAUAUUGGGAAUACACUUCUGCCCACCAGGUCAACCCACAGAACUCUUUUUGGGUGAAUGAGAUUGACAAAUUUCUACAAGCAAUGCCUGAAGAACUGGCUAUGGAACGGAUCCGUCAAAAACACUUUGGAGAUAUCUAA